AUGUCUCUCUCAAAGAAAUUGUCUGUGAAAGAUUUGGACCUCGCUAACAAGCGUGUCUUCAUCAGAGUCGACUUCAACGUGCCAUUGGACGGCUCCACCAUCACCAACAACCAAAGAAUCGUUGCUGCCUUGCCAACCAUCAAGUAUGUGUUGGAGCAGAAGCCAAAGGCUGUCAUCUUGGCCUCUCACUUGGGUAGACCAAACGGUGAGCGUGUCGAGAAGUACUCCUUGUCCCCUGUUGCUAAGGAAUUGCAGUCUCUUUUGCCAGAGAACAAGGUGACCUUCUUGGACGACUGUGUUGGUCCAAAGGUCGAGGACGCCGUCAAUGCCGGCUCUGAUGGCCAGAUCUUCUUGUUGGAGAACUUGCGUUUCCACAUUGAGGAGGAGGGCUCCAAGAAGGUCGACGGUAAGAAGGAGAAGGCUUCUGCUGAGGACGUCGAGAAGUUCAGAAAGGGCUUGACUGCCUUGGCCGACGUUUACGUCAACGACGCUUUCGGUACCGCCCACAGAGCCCACUCUUCCAUGGUUGGUGUUGACUUGCCUCAAAAGGCUUCUGGUUUCUUGAUGGCUAAGGAGUUGGAGUACUUCGCUAAGGCCUUGGAAAACCCAACCAGACCUUUCUUGGCCAUCUUGGGUGGUGCUAAGGUCUCCGACAAGAUUCAAUUGAUCGACAACUUGUUGGACAAGGUCAACAUCUUGAUCGUCGGUGGUGGUAUGGCCUUCACCUUCAAGAAGGUCUUGGACAAGAUGCCAAUUGGUAACUCUCUUUUCGACGAGGCUGGCGCUGAGAACGUUGAAAACUUGGUCGCUAAGGCCAAGAAGAACAAUGUUGAGAUUGUUUUGCCUGUGGACUUCGUCACCGGUGACAAGUUUGACAAGGACGCUGAGACUGGUGUUGCUACCCAGGAGGAGGGUAUCCCAGAUGGCUGGAUGGGUUUGGAUGCUGGUCCAAAGUCCAGAGAGCUCUUUGCUGAUGCCAUUGCUAAGGCCAAGACCAUUGUCUGGAACGGUCCACCAGGUGUCUUCGAGUUUGAGAAGUUCGCCGACGGUACCAAGUCCAUGUUGGACGCUGCUGUCAAGUCUGCCUCUAACGGUAACACUGUUAUCAUUGGUGGUGGUGACACUGCUACUGUUGCCAAGAAGUUCGGUGUUUCUGACAAGUUGUCUCACGUUUCCACUGGUGGCGGUGCCUCUUUGGAAUUGUUGGAGGGCAAGGCCUUGCCAGGUGUUGUCGCCAUUUCCGAAAAAUAG